AGUAGUCGACUGAAAGUUUUUGGGACAAAAUCCAGCAAGAAAACCACAUAUUUGAGAGCAAAAGACGGACUUCUACUGGAGGACGCAUCGUAUUCAUAAACGAUCUUUUCCCCGUGACGCUUCUUUUGCGCGAAACUCAAGCAGGAAAGCUAAAGUUCAGGUGGACUAGUUAGAAAUGAGUAAAAAAGACAACGGAGCGUCAGUCAUCCUUGCCUACCUGAAUGAGAAAAACCGACCUUACAGUGCUCAGGAUGUCUUCUGCAAUUUACAAAAGCAGCAUGGGUUGGGCAAAACGGCCGUGGUCAAAGCCAUGGAGCUGCUGGCUCUGGAGGGUAAGAUAAAGGAGAAAACUUACGGCAAGCAGAAGAUUUAUUUUGCCGAUCAGGCUCAGUUCAAAGAUGUGAACGAUGCAGACCUGAAAGCAAUGGACUCUCAGAUCUCAGAGCUCAGUGCAGAGGUGCAGUCGCUCACUCAGACCUGCAGACAGCUCGAUGCAGAGCUGAAGGAGCUGAACAGCUCCCUCACUACAGAGGAAAUGGUGUCCGAGAUCCAAGAGCUAAAAACAGAAUGUUCUGGAUACAGAGCGCGUCUGGAGAAGAUAAAGUCUGCAACGAAUCACGUCACACCAGAAGAAAAAGAAAAGGUUUACAAAGAGCGAGAUGUUUACGUCAAAGAGUGGAGAAAGAGGAAGAGACUGGCUUCAGACAUGAUAAAUGCAAUCCUGGAGGGAUAUCCAAAGAGCAAAAAGGAGUUCCUGGAUGAAGCUGGAGUGGAGACUGAUGAGGACUGCAAGGUGGCCGUUCCAAGUACUUGAAUGAGAAAACGCAGCUGUCUCAUCAAUGUAAGCCUGUGUGGUAGCUUAGAAAACAGGUUACAAUCAGAGCAGUCCGAGCCAUAACAUACACUUUAUUUAAGGCCUUUCUUUUGAAUGAACAGUACACAUUUAAUAGAUCUUGAAUUGAAGUAGCAUUUUAACUUAAGGUAUAUAUAUAUAUACAUAUAUAUAUAUAUAUAUAUAUAUAUAUAUAUAUAUAUAUAUAUAUAUAUAUAUAUAUAUAUAUAUAUAUAUACACACAAAAAAAGCCCUUUUGCUUGUGAACGUUAAGUCACAUCAUUUGACAGCACUAAUGGAUGCUUGUAAUUUCAUAGUCAAAACUGAUUUUUCACUUUUUUGAAGCCAUUAAACCAAUGCGGAGCUUACAGUGUAAAUAUCAAGAGCUAUACGUUAAAGCUUUAAGAGCUACACAUUCUUUGUUGUUAUUGUACAUCCAUGUUACUGUAAAUGUUUUUGAAAUGACAAAUUAACCACAAUGUAUAAAGCCUGGUUAUAGGUGAAUAAUAUGGUUGUAAUUAACUGUCCCAUUCUCUCCUUUUUAUCAUCGUUGUAGUUUUGUUUGCCCAGUUAUUAAAUGUUCAUAAAAGUAUCUUCUGAUGUUGAAGCUCAACAAUAA